CCCUCCCUGCCCAGAUUGAAGCCCCCCCGGCUAAACCCAAAAAAAAAACCCCAAAAUAAACUUCAGCCGGGAUCUUCCCAUGGCCGCCCGUUAAAUUUCAUCACCGUACUGUUUCUUUCUUUUUUGUAGUUAGAAUAUAGAUAGAGAGCGUUUACCAGAGAAACAAAAGCCAAGCAAGAGUAGAUAGAGAAAUGUCGCGUGUCGCCGCCGUCCUCCUCCUCCUCUCGUUCUUGGGCCUGUCAACCGUCCGAGCAGAGGACCCAUACCUCUUCUUCACAUGGAACAUUACAUACGGAACCAUCGCCCCGCUUGGCACUCCACAGCAAGUCAUCCUCAUCAACAACCAAUUCCCGGGCCCCGAAAUCAACUGCACUUCCAACAACAACAUCGUCAUCAACGUCUUCAACUACCUUGAUGAACCCUUCCUCCUCACAUGGAACGGCAUUCAGCACAGGAAGAACUCAUGGAUGGACGGGACUCCGGGGACCAACUGCCCCAUCCUGCCGGGCCAGAACUUCACCUACCACUUCCAGCCCAAGGAUCAGAUCGGCAGCUUCUUCUACUUCCCCUCCAUCGGCAUGCAGAAGGCGGCCGGCGGCUUCGGCAUGCUCCGCGUCCACAGCCGCCUCCUCAUCCCCGUCCCCUUCGCUCCUCCGGCCGAAGAAUUCAACGUCCUCGCCGGCGACUGGUUCACCAGGGGCCACAAGGUCCUCGCCCGCAAGCUCGACGCCGGCCGCCGCCUCGGACUCCCCGCUGGCGUCCUCAUCAACGGUCGCUCCGGCAGGAACGCCGCCGGCCACGAUGACCUCCCCAUGUUCACCAUGCAGGCCGGCAACGUCUACCGCUUCCGCUUCUGCAACGUCGGCCUCAAAGCCUCCCUCAACUUCCGCAUCCAGAAGCAUUCGCUGAAGCUCGUCGAGAUGGAGGGCUCCCACACCGUCCAGAAUCUCUACGACUCUCUCGACGUCCACGUUGGCCAGUGCAUGUCGGUUCUCGUCACCGCCGACCAGGCCCCCGGCGACUACUACCUCGUCGCCUCCACCCGCUUCACCAAGAAGGUCCACACCGCUACCGCCGUCCUCCGCUACGCCGGCUCCAACUCUCCUCCGUCGCGGGUGAUCCCCAGGGGACCCUCCGGCUGGGCGUGGUCCUUCAACCAGUGGCGGACUUUCCGUUGGAACCUCACCGCCAGCGCCGCCCGUCCCAACCCCCAGGGCUCCUACCACUACGGCCAGAUCAACAUCACCCGCACCAUCAGGCUCGUCAAUGGCCACAAUGUCGUCGACGGCAAGCUCCGCUACUUCAUCAACGGCAUCUCCCACGUCGAAUCCGAUACGCCGCUCAAGCUCGCGGAGUACUUCAACGCCAGCAGUCCGGUGUUCAAGUACAACCUCAUGGGCGACGUGCCACCUGCCCCUGAUGCCCCUCUGACACUCGUACCCAACGUCAUCACCGCCGAGUUCAGAACUUUCAUUGAGAUCAUCUUCGAGAACACGGAGAGGAGCAUCCAGUCCUACCACUUGGAUGGCUACGCCUUCUUCCCCGUAGGGAUGGGGCCGGGGAAGUGGUCGCCGGAGAGCCGAAAACGGUACAAUCUUUUAGACACGGUGAGCCGGCACAGUAUCGAAGUAUUCCCGAGGUCAUGGACGGCGAUCCUGCUGACCUUCGACAAUGCUGGGAUGUGGAAUUUGAGAUCUAUGAACUGGGAGAACAAAUACUUGGGUCAGCAGCUGUACGUCAGUGUGACCUCGCCGGCACGAUCCUUGAGGGACGAGUACAACAUGCCUCUUAAUGCACUCCGCUGCGGGCAGGUGAUUGGGCUUCCCCUCCCGCCAUCCUACAUCUAAAACAUCCGGUGAAACCUUGCUGCCUGGAGAGGAUGGAGGAAGGGGUGGUGAUGAAAGGGGUGAGAUUAAAUGUUAUAUAUGGGGCGUUCGAUUGAGGUGGUGGUUCUCUUCCUAUUGGGGUUCUUUGUUCUCUGGGCUUGCCGGUCGUGUACCAUAUAAGCAACGCUCUCUAUCAAUAAACGGUUCAUAUAUAUGAAUAACAUGCAAUUUCUCAAAAUAAAAAUAAUAUAUACUUGUGACUACAA